AUGUCGGCGGUCAGUCAGAUCACAGUUCUCCUCAAAAAGCUCGGUUCGACCUACGAUGAUGACUCAACCGAUCGAUGGCACCAUGUGAGAACAAUCAUGAUUCUCAUCGGUUUGGCAACAACGCUAUUCUUGAAGAAUUACGUUGGUGAGCCCUUGCAGUGUUGGCCACCUGCUCAAUGGAAUGAUGGUUGGGAGGCAUUCGCUGAAGCAUAUUGCUUCGUUGAGAAUACGUAUUUCGUGCCGAUGAAUCAAUCAAAUCUCCCAGCACAUCACACAAGGGAAGAUCAGGAAAUGAUCUAUUACCAAUGGGUUCCAUUCAUUCUUCUCUUGAUGGGCCUUCUUUUUUAUGUACCGAGAGCAAUUUGGAAGCUCUUCAGCUUUUACACUGGAUUGACUUUGCCUGAAAUGAUGAAAUCAGCAAGAACAACGGGAAAAACCGGGGCGGAAGGGAAAGGAGGACCAUUGGCAAAAGCACUCUACAGGGAACAUACUGCUGUGGAGAAGGCCGGUUCAAUCCGUUACGGAUCGUAUCUCUCAAAUCUCUAUUUGUUCUGCAAAACAUUGAUGUUGCUCAACGUUUUCUCGCAACUCCUUUUUAUCAAUUACUGGCUGGGAACAGCUUAUACUUUUUGGGGACUCGGCAUCUUCUGGGAUAUGUUGCAUGGAAGACAUUGGCAAGAAAGUGGACAUUUCCCUCGGGUUACCUAUUGCGAUGUGACGGUUCGAGAGUUGGGAAAUGUGAACAAUUGGACGCUUCAAUGUGUCUUAAUGGUGAACAUGUUCAACGAGAAGAUCUUCAUCUUUAUGUGGUUUUAUUUCGCUUUCCUUCUCGUCAUCACUUUCUUCAAUUGGGUCAUCUGGCUUCAUCGGCGUCUCUUCGGUUCGGUUGACUUUAUCAAAGAAUUGGUUGCACAAGAAAACUUUAUUCCAUCAACGGCAAAUGUGGGAAAAUUCAAGGAUCGAGUCUUGAAAAACGAUGGACUUUUGUUGAUUCGAAUGAUUGAUGAGAAUGCUGGCCGGAUUUUCGCCUCUGAAGUCGCUCGAGAAUUGUGGGAUCUAUGGGAUGGGGAGUCUCGUGAGCGUUCAUCGAGUGGUUGGGUUUAUCCCUCAAAUGAUUCCGAUUAUUCUGACAUCACUCCUCCAUCUCCACAACCUGUAGCCUCAUCCACUCCACUUAAACCCUUUAUUCCAAUCUUAAUUGAGGGCAGAUCGGGUAAAAGAUUGGCCCAUUUGGAGGAUGAAUUGACCCCAGAUUCUGAAUGGGAAGAUGAUGCUACUGGUCCAAUCGGUCUACACGAUUCACAUUUUUCAGAACCCGAUCCACCACUUGCUGACGAGAAUCAU